AUGAGGACCGCAGUUCUGCUGUUUGGCAUGGGGUUGUGUGUGUUGAAUGUCACAUCGUCACUGAAAAUCUGCGCUUUCAACAUUCAGAGCUUUGGUGAAGCAAAGGCAAACAACAAGAAGGUUAUGGGGAUUCUCCUGAAGAUCCUGUCUCGGUGUGAUUUGUGUCUUAUUCAAGAGGUCCGAGACUCUAAAGGAGAGGCCAUACAAGCUUUGGUUAAGGAGCUAAACAGAUUUGACAAAUCCAACUCAUACUCCUUUGUGGAAAGUGAAAGGCUGGGGAGGAACACCUACAAGGAACAGUAUGUCUACAUUUACAGGAACAAUGUGCUGACGGUCAAAGAGCAAUAUCAGUAUCCGAAACUAGAGGAAGGGAGCAACAAAACCGAUGUGUUCUCCAGAGAGCCUUUCAUCGUCCGCUUUCACUCCCCCACGACAUUGGUGAAGGAUUUUGUCCUGAUUGGUCAGCACACAUGCCCAAAAACUGCCAUGAAGGAGAUGGAUGAACUCUACACUGUCUUCAAAGGGAUUCACAAGAAGUGGAAGACUGAUAAUGUGAUGAUCUUGGGGGAUCUCAACGCCGGCUGCAGCUACGUCACCGUCAAGGGCUGGAGAGCCGUGCGCUUGAGGAGCGACCCCAAGUUUCGUUGGCUAAUUGGAGAUGAACAAGACACCACUGUGCGGAAGAAGACGAACUGCGCCUAUGACAGGAUUAUUGUCCAUGGACGUGAAAUUAUUUCCAGUAUAGUGCCAGGUUCAGCUCAACCAUUCAACUUUAAAGAGAAUUUCCAUCUCACUGAGGAGGAGGCUCUUGAGGUGAGUGACCAUUUUCCAGUAGAAGUUGACCUCAAGCCCAACCACCGCUACCUCCUCCGCCAUGAGCUGUAG